AGGAGGGGAGGCGCCGGGGGCGCGCGCGCGCGCUGGGCGCUGCUGGGCUGCGGCGGCGGCGGCGGCGGCGGCGGCGGUUACUAUGGCGGAGUCGGCCGGAGCCUCCCCAUUCUUCCCCCUCGUCGUCCUCCUGCUCGCCGGCAGCAGCGGCUCCGGGCCCCGGGGAAUCCAGGCUCUGCUGUGUACAUGCACCAACUGCCUACAGGCCAACUACACGUGUGAAACAGAUGGAGCCUGCAUGGUUUCCAUCUUCAACCUGGAUGGGAUGGAGCACCAUGUGCGCACCUGCAUCCCCAAAGCGGAGCUGGUCCCCGCCGGGAAGCCCUUCUACUGCCUGAGCUCCGAGGACCUGCGGAACACCCACUGCUGCUACACCGACUUCUGCAACAAGAUCGACCUGAGGGUGCCCAGUGGUCACCUCAAGGAGCCUGAGCACCCAUCCAUGUGGGGCCCCGUGGAGCUGGUCGGCAUCAUUGCCGGCCCCGUGUUCCUCCUGUUUCUCAUCAUCAUCAUUGUUUUCCUGGUCAUUAACUACCAUCAGCGUGUCUAUCACAACCGCCAGCGGCUGGACAUGGAAGAUCCCUCGUGUGAGAUGUGCCUCUCCAAAGACAAGACGCUCCAAGAUCUUGUCUACGAUCUCUCCACGUCGGGGUCUGGCUCAGGGUUACCACUUUUUGUCCAGCGCACAGUGGCCAGGACCAUCGUUUUACAAGAGAUUAUUGGCAAGGGCCGGUUUGGAGAAGUGUGGCGCGGCCGCUGGAGGGGUGGUGACGUGGCUGUGAAAAUUUUCUCUUCUCGUGAAGAACGGUCUUGGUUCCGGGAAGCAGAGAUAUACCAGACAGUCAUGCUGCGCCACGAGAACAUCCUCGGAUUUAUUGCUGCUGACAAUAAAGAUAAUGGCACCUGGACACAGCUGUGGCUCGUCUCGGACUACCAUGAGCAUGGCUCCCUGUUCGAUUACCUUAACCGGUACACGGUGACGAUCGAGGGGAUGAUCAAGCUGGCCUUGUCUGCUGCCAGUGGGCUGGCACACCUGCACAUGGAGAUCGUGGGCACCCAAGGGAAACCUGGGAUUGCUCAUCGAGACUUAAAGUCGAAGAACAUCCUAGUGAAGAAAAAUGGCAUGUGCGCCAUUGCAGACCUGGGCCUGGCCGUCCGUCAUGACGCAGUCACUGACACCAUUGACAUUGCCCCGAAUCAGAGGGUGGGAACCAAACGGUACAUGGCCCCUGAAGUGCUUGAUGAAACCAUUAACAUGAAGCACUUUGACUCCUUUAAAUGUGCUGACAUCUAUGCCCUCGGGCUUGUGUAUUGGGAGAUUGCUCGAAGAUGCAAUUCUGGAGGAGUCCAUGAAGAAUAUCAGCUGCCAUAUUAUGACUUAGUGCCCUCUGACCCUUCCAUUGAGGAAAUGCGCAAGGUCGUAUGCGACCAGAAGCUGCGUCCCAACAUCCCCAACUGGUGGCAGAGUUAUGAGGGAGAGGAUCUGUAGGGAGAGAACUAUGAAGCAGAUGUUGGCAAGUCCCAUUACUGAGCAAUACAUACCGAGUGAUGGAAGCGCAGAUGCCAUGCCUAGGGAACUACAGGACUGCCCUCCAGGGCCCCUCGCUGGUGGAACAGACUAGUAAAUAGAUAACCACAAUGAACUGAGAUAAGUGCUAUGAUAAGGGCAGACUCCGAAUGCUCUGGGAACACAGGACAAACAAGAGGUUGGGGUCAAGAGAGGUGACAUCUCAUUAUUUUGGAGCAGACAUUGGCCUGCUGAUUGAGGAGAAGAGGGAGUUUUGGUCAAAACGAGUGUGUCACCAAGAACCACAUAUGUCAGUACGGCUAGUGCAAUGGAGCUGUCAUGUGCUGAAAAAAGAAUUCGUUCUGGGGCCACCAAUGCCAUCACUUCCCCUGUGACAGGUACCC